UGUCGCUCCCAUCGCUGGCAAAAGACGACCACAACAAGAUUUGUGGUCCGAACGGUCGAAUGGUUGAACGCGGCGUACGGGCGAGUAAUAUUGUUUUGCGCACAUCGGGUCGCUUCGUUGCUUUUAUUUAUUUAUAAUCCCCGUAAUCCCGAGAUCACAAAACCCUGCAUCUUAUCCAGGAAGCUAUCGAGAGAUAAUUAAAUUGUAGCCGCGCGUUCUAGUGUCAUUUUUUUUUGUGUAUUCUUUUAAAGUGUUGGCGCAUUUAGUGGCUCGGCUGGCUCGGUUGGCUCGGCUGGCGGAAAGAAAAUACGGCCAAGAGGCGAAUUAGAGAGAAGAGAGUGCCACCCCCCCACAACCACCCCCUUACACACACACACCACAACCAACCCCCUGACUGAAAAAAAAAAACAACAAAAAUUAGGGGUUGCAAAAAUUUCUGCAGUCGAAGAAAAAAAACAACAAAAAAUCAUAAUAAUUGAUAGAAAAAAUAAUAAAAAAUUGAAAUAAGAACGGAUCGGGGAGAGAAUCCUUCGAGUAUAUCCCUUUGGAGCUCGCGUGCCAUGCGUGACCUCGGCACCAAAAUGGCCGAGCUAAAAUUCGAGGCUCCGUUGGCGAAGUUCGAGGAGACGGACGAGUGGGGCGGCUGCGACUACAUUUCCAAUCAGAACGCCCUCAACGACACUCUGAAUCUCAAUCUGAAGGAUGCUGCGGCGUCCGGUAAGUCUGGCCAGGAUACUGCCGGCAAGCUCCGGCUCCUGGAGGACGCCGUUCGUGAUGCUCAUGUGAGUAAGAAUGGCGGCGUAGAUGCCGCCGCUGCUGGAGCCUCCAUUGGUGGCAGCAUCAGUCCCAAUUGCAACACCAUGCAGGGUGCCUUGGAUCUGGGCUUGUCGGAUGUGGGUCUGGUCCCUGGCGAGGAUGCUCCCCAGCGCUGCGGCGGAUCUGGGGAUCAUGUGGACAAUUUCACGGAGACGUUCGGCGGCAGUUUGGAGGAUCUGGUGAACACGUUCGAUGAGAAGAUCACCAAGUGCUUCGGCAACUACGAGGAGAACGUGGAGGAGCUGGCUCCGGUGCAGGUGCGCAGCCAGGAGGAGAUUAUGAACGAAUGCCAAAUGUGGUGGACCAUCACUGGCAAUUUUGGCAAUAUACUACCCAUUGACUGGUCCAAGUCGUACACCCGUCAGAUGCACAUGCCCACUCUGAAUCUCGGCCAGAAUCCCACAAAGCAGCAACAGAAUUCACGCAACCAACAGCAGCAGAACCAGUUGCAUCACCAGAGCACACACAGCAAUGGCUUUGGACCAGGAUCGGGAUCUGGAUCUGGAUCGGAGGCACAGACCCCCGGAGGCGAUGACUUCAACGAUCUGGCCAGCGAGGACGAGGCGGUGGCCAACGAUCUGGACAUGCAUGCCCUCAUUCUCAAUGGUUUAAAUGGCGAUCUGGACGAUCAGCCCAUCAAGACAGUGGAGGAGGUGAUCAAGGAGAUCGACGACAUCAUGGACGAGGCUGAGAGCCCGCUGGACGAGCCCGAGACCUGUGAUUCGGAGGUCAUUGAGAAGGCGCGAGAGGUCCUGGGAGCGCCCCUUUAUGCAGAGAAACUGCAGUACUUGACCACGACACAGCUAAACGAGCUGUACAUGGAGAUGGAGGUCCUGAUCCAGGAGCUCAGCGAGACAUUGAUCAACGAGCUGGCCCUGCGGGACGAGCUGGAGUUCGAGAAGGAGCUGAAGAACUCAUUUAUUUCCCUGCUCCUUGCCGUCCAGAACAAGAGGCGGCAAUACCAUGUGGAGAAAAAGCGCGGAAAGUUUCAGGGUCCCGAACCCAAGUACUUGACCACUGUCAUUCCGUAUCAUUUGGAGAAUGGAACACCCAACAAUCAGUCCCUGCAGGUUCUGAUCAAAAUUCUCAAAGCCAUCAAUGAGGAUAGUCCCACGGUGCCGGCUCUGCUGACGGACUAUAUCCUGAAGGUGCUCUGCCCCACAUAAGCGCUUCAAUCUAGGCCAGCUGCCUCAGCUCUAUCUCUCUGUCUGUGUUUAUAAAAAUUAUAGCCCCCUUAACAUACAUCUAUACAACUUGCAUAUACAACAACACACAAUACACACAUAAUUUAAUUAGUUUGUACUUUACAAUUUAUUAUUUUAAAUGCAAUCCGUGUACUCCUGAGCUAAUGAUUUCCACAUAAUAGAACAAAAUAUGCAACAAAAUAUACAUUUAAUACAUAUAUAGACCCAUAUAUCUAACAAAAUAAUUAAGGAGAGGGCGCUAUAAUGGCAAUAAUACUCACUUCUCUGCCUCUCUAUGUCUCCAAAAGCAAGAAAACAAGAUGAAAAAAAUAAUAUUUAUACUAAAAAUGUAUUGUUAUAGAGCAGAUUCCAACUAAGCUUAUUAAAUGAUAUAUAUAUAUGCAGCUUGAUCAGAUCGAUCAGACCGCGAUAUUGGGGGUAUCGAUAACAUCUACCGCUCUUUCUAUAUAUGUAUGUGUAAUAACCGAUAAAAAAAAAAUACAAAAACUGAUCGAAAUCGAAAAAAUCGUAAUCGAAUCGACAUUCGUUUAUCGCUUGUAAUAUGUUCGCGCUGCUUUUGUAAUCGGCAGCAAAAAUCCAUAGUUUGUACAAUAUGUAACUUGUAUGUAUAGAUUGUAAGAUGUCAGAAUGGCCUGUUCCCUACAACAAAUUAUAGAAAAAAAUCUACUAAAAAAAAAAAACUCAAAAAACAAUGAUAAUCCGCCUGCCGCCGCCGCAUUUCCAAAUGUGUUCCGAGUUCGAAUCCUUCUUCAGGCAGGACUGCUAAUCAGGCUUAAAAAAAAAAUUGUUUCUUUUUUGCCUUAAGUUUUAUUUAAUGCUAUUAUCUACUAUAUAUUUUUUUUUUAAAUUGUUCUUAUUUGCUCUCGAGGCCAUAAAAUGCGUUCUGUUUUGUUUAAAACAAUUGUUUAAAUGUAAAAAAGAAAAAAAUAUACAAAACGAAAAUGUAAUUUUAAUUUGCAUAAAAAACGCUGUGUUAUUUACUUUUACCAAACAAGCAUAAAUACAUUUAAUUAUAACUAUACAGAAAAAAAUACUAAAAUAAAUAGUUAAAAAAAAACAACAGUCAGGCGCACAGUGCUAUUCUUUUUAUUAAAAAUAAACCAAUAUUUUUUCCCCUUACUUUUCAAGCUACAGUCACGAUUUAAAAAGAUAUAUAAUACUAAGCUACGAUCACCCUUAAGAAAGCGAAAAUAUAUAAUUAAACAGCAUCCUCGUAAAGUCCAAAAAGAACCACAUUGAUAUCAUGUUUCACAUUUCACAAGACGACAAAAUCUAAUUAAUGGAAAGGAAAUUAAAGGAAGCUAAUGAAAGGAUUUCCGAUUUAUGAAUCACAUCUAAUGCAAAUCUUAGGUACCUUUGUUAGUAAACAAUAUGCAUACAUACCUAAAAAUUAUAUAUGACAAAAGAAAAAUAAAAUAAAACAAAAUACAAGAAAUAAUGCAUAAAUGUUUACGACUUUAUAUACAUAUAUUUAAAUGUAUAUCAAAUAUGGUCGCGCUUUAUAAAAAAAAACUGAAAUAAAAAAAAGGAAUGAAAACGUAUUUACUAAAAUGCAUAAUUUAAAUGGAAUAUGACUUUUUUUUAGGUCUCAGCUAAAGUAAAACAAACAGAACAAAAAUUCAAAGGCUAUAUGAAUCAUACAAUAUGAUAAAAAAAAAUGAAUUAAGAAAUUGAAUCCCCUAAUUGUAUGUGUAUUUGUAAAUUAUUUAAAGAGUCCAUAUUAAAGUCGAACGAAAAACGGAAACGGAAACUGUCGUCUAGAAUGGAAAUUAUAUUUAUUUAAUAAAUUAGUAAAAAAAAAACAAGGAAACACAAAAAUACAUAGUUCUAUGUAUACAUGCAAUGCAAUGCUCUAUAUACAAAAAAAAAAACAAAU